AUGAUGAAAAGUUCAGAGAGGGAGGAGAGAGUGAGGGGUGUAGCUUACUCUGUGGAGAGUCAUUUCAAACGCCUCAUUCUUGAUCCAUGUGGCUGCUUCAAUAUUGGUGUCGUGACUGAUGUGUUAUCUAGUGUGGCUGAUUUUGUUUCAGCUCUCUCUCAGAGUGUGGAUGACUGUACAGACACGGUGCAGAUUGUUGGUACAACGCAGGCUCCCAACCAGAUAGAUAUUCCACUAGGAACUGUCUGUGUGGAGUGUGUUGUCAAUGGAGAAGUAGUUUCUGACCCAACCACUACAUUCCUCAUUGGAAACUCACCAAUCACAAGCCUGGAUGGUGGAGUUCUGGUGGUUGAUGAUACUAGCAUGACGUUCCAGGCAUCCCCUGCCCUGACUUUGCGGUGUGUUAGUGGCUCAGGGGCUGUAAGACAGGCUUCAGUUUACUUGGACGUGUAUCUACCUCCGAUAAUCACGGGAGCAACUACAGUCAAUGAGGGAGGCAGGCUGUUCCUCACCUGUGACAGCACAAACUCCAACCGAGAACCGCUUUCACAGUGGUUCGACAAAGAUGGCCAGAUGGUGUCUUCAUCUGGAGUACUGAAUAUCCCCAACAUCAUGAGGUCUCAGGCUGGGAGCUAUACCUGUCGAACCUCUCCUCCAAACCUUGACAACUCUACCAGCACAACUGUGACAGUGGUCGUACAAUCUCUCCCUCAGAGUGUGGAUGACUGCACAGCCACGGUGCAGAUUGUGCAGAUUGUUGGUACAACGCAAGCUCCCAACCAGAUAGAUAUUCCACUAGGAACUGUCUGUGUCCAGUGUGUUGUGAAUGGAGAAAUAGACACAGCCACCACCACCACUUUCCUAAUUGGAAACUCAUCAAUCCAGGAAGUGGUAGACAAUGGAGUGCUGGUGAUUGAUGAUACUAACAUGACGUUCCAGGCAUCCCCUGCCCUGACUUUGCGGUGUGUUAGUGGCUCAGGGGCUGUAAGACAGGCUUCAGUUUACUUGGACGUGUAUCUACCUCCGAUAAUCACGGGAGCAACUACAGUCAAUGAGGGAGGCAGGCUGUUCCUCACCUGUGACAGCACAAACUCCAACCGAGAACCGCUUUCACAGUGGUUCGACAAAAAUGGCCAGAUGGUGUCUUCAUCUGGAGUACUGAAUAUCCCCAACAUCAUGAGGUCUCAGGCUGGGAGCUAUACCUGUCAAACCUCUCCUCCAAACCUUGACAACUCUACCAGCACAACUGUGACAGUGGGCGUACAAUGUCUUUUUACAGCUCUCUCUCAGAGUGUGGAUGACUGUAUAGCCACGGUGCAGAUUGUUGGUACAGCGCAGGCUCCCAACCAGAUAGAUAUUCCACUAGGAACUGUCUGUGUGGAGUGUGUUGUCAAUGGAGAAGUAGUUUCUGACCCAACCACUACAUUCCUCAUUGGAAACUCACCAAUCACAAGCCUGGAUGGUGGAGUUCUGGUGGUUGAUGAUACUAGCAUGACGUUCCAGGCAUCCCCUGCCCUGACUUUGCAGUGUGUUAGUGGCUCAGGGGCUGUAAGACAGGCUUCAGUUUACUUGGACGUGUAUCUACCUCCGAUAAUCACGGGAGCAACUACAGUAAAUGAGGGAGGCGUGCUGUUGCUCACCUGUGACAGCGCAAACUCCAACCGAGAACCGCCUUCACAGUGGUUCGACAAAGAUGGCCAGAUGGUGUCUUCAUCUGGAGUACUGAAUAUCCCCAACAUCAUGAGGUCUCAGGCUGGGAACUACACCUGUCAAACCUCUCCUCCAAACCUUGACAACUCUACCAGCACAAUUGUGACAGUGGUCGUACAAUAUCUGCCUACAGCAAGUACAACAAGCACUAGUACUGACACUAGAGCAACUGGAGUUGCUGUGGUUAUCAGCACAAUCGUCUCUGUAUUGGUGUCCCUACCAGUGGGUGUGGCCAUUGGUUCCUUUUUGUUCGCAAUUCGUAGAGGAGGAGAAAGAGGAGAGAGGAAGAAGAAGAAGAAAGAGGAGUUUGGAGGAGCUAUCUAUGAGGAGCCAGUUCAUUCAGUGAAGACUGCCAUUCCUCUCUCUGAGAACCAGGCAUAUGGCCAGGUCUCCUCUCAGAGGUAGUAGAAGGAGGUGGUGAACUGUGUAUUAUAACAUUACAGUAUUAUAGUUAUGUAGUUUCAUUCAGUGUAUAUAUAUUGUACAGUUAACUGUCAUGUC